CCCGCUUCGAGUUGCCGAAUGGGGUAUAUAAGCCAACUUUUGUCAGUCAGCUCAUCAAGAAGUACGUCAUUCGACAGAUAAUCGUCAGCGAACACAUCCGUCUUACCGAACUCUCAUCAUGAACGCCCUGUUCUUCGUCAUCGCCGCCCUCGUGGCCGUCUGCGUCGCAGCACCACCUCCAUCUUCGGGCUCCGCCGACGAACCGAUUCCUAUCAUCAGCCAGACCCAGGAUGGACCCAACCCUGAUGGCACGUUCAACAGCGCGUUCGAAACCGGAAAUGGAAUCCAGGUCCAGCAGCAGGGGAGCCUGAAGCAGAUCGACGAGAAGACCUUCGCCCAGGUCGUUCAGGGCUCGUGGUCCUAUCCUGGCCCGGAUGGAGCCCCGAUUCAGGUGACCUACAUCGCCGAUGAGAACGGAUUCCAGCCACAAAGUGACGCCAUCCCGACGUCACCCGCGAUCCCGGAGGCGAUCCAGAAGAGCCUGGACUUCAACGCGGCACAUCCCCCACCGGCUGUCGUUGACGCGUAGGGUCAAUAUAUGAAUUUGUAAUUUUUGUGAAACCGCGGAGGCGAAAACGGGCGGCGAUAAACAAGCCUCAGGUUCUUUAUGCUAAUCGUAUAACGUAAUCUAAAGUCAAUGUUGGAUAAGAAUAAUGUAAAUAUUGCGUGGCAGAUAGUUGAGAGGACUAUUUUGUACACUAUAUUCAAUACGAAUAUCCUCACAUCAUAUUGUACACGGCCACCGUAAGUCGCUGGAAUAAACUGUGCUUUUUGCUACCUAA